UUUUUACUUCCGCUUUGUGAAGACGGAACAACUUCUGUGGUGCAUAUCUUCAUUGCCAUUGGUCGUUGUUUGUUUGCUUCAAAACUGAAGGCGGAACCGAAGAUUAAAGACUGCACCUUCAUCAUGGAGGCAGAAGUUGAGUUUUUACGAGAUCAAGUCCACAGGUUAAACUCGGCUCUCAGCCAGUAUCAGUAUGGGCACCACAGUCAGUCUACAUCAUCUCAGGUGGAGGAGGCAAGACGGGCGGAGUCUCCUGCACCGUGGAUCUCUGACAGAAGUAUAAUGGCUCCUCUGAUAUCAGAGUAUGAUCGGCACAUGGAUGAAAUGACCGAGCAGCUACAGAGAUACCAGACACAGAUGACAGACGUCAAAGUGAAGUUGGAGAGGGUUGUCAAGGAGAAUGAAAGGUUGCAUGCAGAGCUGAGGGAGUGUGUUGAGAAGCAGCUUCAUGCCCUACCCAUGGCUUCAGGAGUGGAGGGCAACACAGUGGAGGAGGAAGCGUUCACCAAAAACCUCCAAGAACAGAUCCAGCUGUCUGAACAGGAGCGGGUGCAGGCCAUGGAGCUGUGGCAGACAGCAGCCCAGGAGCUGGACCGCCUCCAGCAGGCCUACCAGAAGACCAUCUCUGAUGGACAGAUCCACAAUGCACAGAGACAGCAGCUCAAGGAUCAGCUUGUUCAGUUCCAGCAGCACACACACAAACUUCAACUGGCCAAUCAGAGACUGGAAUCGACGAACCAGCAGUUCCUGAAGACGGUGACGGAGCAGAGCACGGAGAUGGAGGAGCUACACUGCCAGCUCAGGCAGGCCAAGGCUGAGUUGAGGACGGCCACAGCUAAAGUAGAUGAGAUGACCAAACUGCUGCAGAAUGUCCAGGACCAAAUGCAGAGACGGGAGGAUGAUGUGGCAGAGGCUCAGGGCCGAGAGGAUGCAGCAGACAGACGGCUCCAGCAGCUUCAGGCGGCCUUGAGCCAGCUAGAGACCAGACUAAAAGCUGCCUCUCAGGAGGCAGAGGCAGUUCGUAGAGAGCAAACUGUGUGGGAGAGAAAAGUGGGGGAACUCCAGUCGCGUUGCACCACUCUAGAAGAGGAGAAGUACGAGGCCCUGGCCAAAGUGAGAGAGAGUGUUCAAGUGGCCGAGGAGGCUGCACUGCAGAAAGAUCAGGCCCUGUUAAGAGAGAAACAGAAGGCAGAAGAGCUGGAGAAGACAAAGGAGGCCAUCAAACAGUUAAUCCACGAUGCUGCAGUCCGCACAAGAAAAGAGGUGGAUAAUGUGCGCAAGCAGUGCAACGUUCAAAUCCACCGCAUGGCUGAAGAGCUGUCUGCACUGCAGCUGGAGUGUGCAGAUAAAGAGUCUCAGAUUGAGAGGUCUCGGCGGGAGAGAAAAGCCGUAGAGGAGGAGCUGGAGAAGGUGUAUAAGGAGGGUAGGGCAGAGCCAGAGUUCAGGAAGAUUGAUGCUCUUCACCAGAGGUGUCUGGAUGCAGAGAGGAUGAAGGACGACAUGAGCCUCACUUUGCAAAGCACCCAGAACAAGCUGAAAAAGAUGGAGAUGGACUACAGUGAGGAGCUGUCGCGGUGCCAGGAGGAAGUGCGGCGGCUGCAGAGCUCUCUGGCUUCAGCCCGGGACGACUGUGUCGGCGUCAGCGACGAGCGGCUCCAGCUGCAGCAAGAGAACCUGCAGCUUCGCAGGGAGAUGGAUGAGCUGCGCAAAGCCACUCUGCUGGCCCAAAAGAAUGCCAAACAACAGGUGUCACAGAUGGAGCAGGAGUACAGCCUGAAGGAGCAGGGACUGAGCGCACAGGUGCGGGAGCUGGAGGAAUGUAUGCGUAGCUCCAGUGCUGAAAUGACGAGCCUCGUUACAGCGCAGCAGAAAAGAACCCAGCACUGGAAAGAAGAGGCCAAGAACCUGAUUCAGUCCUUUGAGACUAAAAUCACAGGCAUAAAAGCAGAGCUGAAUCGACAGAAGCAGCGCUCGCACGAGCUGGAGCUGCAGCUUGAAACUGACCAUAAUACUGUUGCCGAGUACGAGAGGCAGCUCGCAGAGUAUCAAGAGAAGACGAGUCGUCUCCAGAGACGACUGACACAAGCUGAACAAAGGGCAACCACUGCCACGCAACAGCUGACUAUGUUGGCAUCACAGCGAAGGAAAACAGCCAUAGUUGAUCAAGAGACUGCAUAACUGUCACUUUGCUAUGGGAAAAUAAUGUAGCAUGUGUGUGAAGAACAUGUUGCUCUGGGCCAAAAUAUUGAUACCUCAACAAUGUCAGUGCUUUGGUGAUUCACUGAAAAACAUGUUCCCGUUUUCUACACUAUUGUACCAAAUGUUUUCUGUUGAAUGUAUUUAUAAGGAUUAAAUGAGAUAUUUUGCGCAGGAUGAUACAUAAACUUUGUAAUAUUACUAUAAAAUAAACACCUUCAAAAUACA